UUUGCCACCGGCGGGAAAAAAAGGGGACACACGCAGGACUGAGGAGGAACUGAGAAUGAAUGACCGCGUUCAAACAAAGUGACCGUGAGUUUCUGUUGGGAAAGCAUCAAGAUCUGCAGCAAACUGUGCAGGAUUGCCUUCAUCUCCAAAAUCCGGGUUGCAGCCGGUUUUUCACCUUAAUCUAUCAACUAAACGUAUGGACUUAUGGAAGUUGCCACCUCUGUAUCUCAUGAAUUUGUGACCACUGCAAAAUAAAAGAGGGAAAAGAAAGAAAGCAACUGUCUGAUUGAUGAGUGGAGUCCUGCUCAAACCCUGGGUAGAUGAAACAUCCUUUUUCAAGUGGGGAAACUGCAGAAACUGUGAGAAAAAUCAUCAAUGAGAAUCACCUGUCAUUGAAAGUGGGAGGACACUUGACACUAUGGGAGAGUGCAAAGAACAGAGAGUGAUUGGCAGGAGGAGGAGAGUCUGACGGAGGAGCAGAGGAAUGUUGGCAGCCAUUUAGUCUGAGCUCAACAACGGAGGAAACAUGGAUUCUUCACAAAAAAAAUGUAAACACAGCAAUGGAGUGAGAUGUGGGACCUCUGAGGAGGAUAAGGAUGGUUCAGCAACAACGGCAAAAAGAGAUGAAUCACUGAGUUGUGAGCAAUGUGGCAAGACUUUUAUCACAGCAACAAAGCUAAGAAUUCACAAACGUAUUCACACUGUGGACAAAUCAUUCAGCUGUGAUCAGUGUGGAAAGGCUUUUACUACCAAGACUCAGUUAAAAAGACAUCAGCUCAUUCACAGUGGAGUUAAACCAUUCAGCUGUGAUCAGUGUGGAAAAGCUUUUACUAACAAGACUCGGUUAAAAAGACAUCAACUCAUUCACAGUGGAGUUAAACCAUUCAGCUGUGAUCAGUGUGGAAAGGCUUUUACUACCAAGACUCUGUUAAAAAGCCAUCAACUCAUUCACAGUGGAGUUAAACCAUUCAGCUGUGAUCAGUGUGGAAAAGCUUUUACUCAGAAGAGUAGUCUAGCAAAUCAUCAACUCAUUCACAGUGGAGUUAAACCAUUCAGCUGUGAUCAGUGUGGAAAGGCUUUUACUCAGAAGAAGGAUCUAGCAAAUCAUCAACUCAUUCACAGUGGAGUUAAACCAUUCAGCUGUGAUCAGUGUGGAAAGACUUUUACUACCAAGAGUAUGUUAAAAAGACAUCAACUCAUUCACAGUGGAGUGAAACCAUUCAGCUGUGAUCAGUGUGGAAAGGCUUUUACUAAGAAGUCUACGUUAAAAAAACAUCAACUCAUUCACAGUGGAGUUAAACCAUUCAGCUGUGAUGAGUGUAGAAAGGCUUUUACUCAGAAGAGUAGUCUAGCAAAUCAUCAACUCAUUCACAGUGGAGUUAAACCAUUCAGCUGUGAUCAGUGUGGAAAGGCUUGUACUACCAAGAGUAUGUUAAAAAGACAUCAACUCAUUCACAGUGGAGUGAAACCAUUCAGCUGUGAUCAGUGUGGAAAGGCUUUUACUGAGAAGUGUACGUUAAAAAAACAUCAACUCAUUCACAGUGGAGUGAAAUUGUUCGGCUGUGAUCAGUGUGGAAAGGCUUUUACUCAGAAGAGUCACUUAAUAAGACAUCAACUCAUUCACAGUGGAGUUAAACCAUUCAACUGUGAUCAGUGUGUGAAAACCUUUACUCAACAUGAACAGUUGUUGAUCCAUCCAUGCCCCCAUUCUGGUAGAAAGUGGUACCACUGUGACUCCUGUGAAAAAACUUUCAGCUCCCAACAGAGCUUAAAAUGUCACCAACGCAUCCACACUGGACAUGAUGUGUACGUAUGUGAUCACUGUGGUGAACCAUUUGUACGGUACUCGCAGUUAAAAGCUCAUGAAGUGACCCACACUGGGGUUAAACCAUACAUUUGUGACCAGUGUGGGAAACGCUACUGCUCCACUGCAUCCCUCAAAGUUCACCAACGUGUCCACACUGGGGAGAGACCAUACAGAUGUGAUGAGUGUAAGAGGACUUUUAAAACUUUGGGUUCCCUGAAACAACACCAGCAGAUUCACACCAGAAAGAAAGCAUUCAGUCAGUGUCACAGUGAGCAGAACGGAACAGAUGGACAAAACUCUCAGACUUGUCAGCACUCUGCCAAUGGUGAACAGUGCUGCUUUGACCAGUCUGGACCGACGUCCAAUCAACAAGGAACCCUACAACGACACCAGCGUAUGCACACUGGACACAGACUGAACCCCUGCCAAGAAGAUUUCUCCAUGCAGGGUUCAGUAAAAGUUCAUGAAGUCCUCCACAAACUUAAAGUCCUUGAGAUCCGGCUUCACAGAAUUCAGGUCUAAUUUCUUGUUUAGUGUCGUCGUUGCAAAAUCCAUUAAGAGGAAAGCUGCAGUUAACAGACAUGACUGGUAAAUUAAUUAAACCAUUCAAAGUGGUUACUCAGUUAAAUGAAUUAUCAGUGGUAGAGGGAUAGACGUCUGGAUGGAGGCAGUGAGCAGCAGGGUGAAUUUAUUAACCCUAUCUAUCUAUCCAUCUAUCCAUCCAUCAUCUGUGAUCUAUCUAUUAUCUAGCUAUCUAAAUAUUGAACAAGUAGAUCAAAUAAUCUCUGAUUAUGUGUGAGUUUAAAUAUAAAAAACAUGAAGUGUUGGAUGAAAAGUCCAAUCUUUGAAAGCUGACUUAGUUUAGAAUCAUUUCUUUGUAAAUUAGCUGCAUCUAGUCAUUACCAUGACAUUGGCAUCAUGGAACCAUGACCACAUAUGUGUGUCUGGAGAUAGUGGCGUUUCUCGAACGGCACAUUUUCAUGCUUUGACAGAUACAGUGAGGGGAAAAACGUUUUCAGACACCCUGAAAAUUUUUACACAUCUUAAAUAUUAUGAAAUAUUUGUUAGUCUUUUUCGUGUGUGUUUCUAAGGGUGUGACUGCAUCAGAAAGACACAAAUACAAACUAGACGAGCCCUCAGUAGAGGGUAGAACCACGCCCACCAAGCCUUUUACUGUCCACAGACAGUAAACAAAAUAAAGCUCUCUGUAAAAACCCUCAGAAUGUUGAAUAGAAUAAAUGUGGACAGUUUAAUGACUGGAAGAGAAGAUUUCUGGAUCAUUUUGGUCAUUUUGAGGCUAAUUUUGGUCAUUUUGUGUCAAAAUGUGUUUAAUUUUGAUCAGUUUACAUCUUUUGGUCCGUUUUUAAACAUUUUGCAUCAUUUCAUGUUUUUUUUUUUGUGGUAAUUCUGGUUAUUUUGCAUCAAGUUUUGGUCAUUUAUGUGUCUAAUACAGGUCAUGUUACAUCUCUUUAUGUUGUUUUUGUACCAUUUUGGUCAUUUUAUGAUUCAUUUCAUGUGUCUGUAAGGUUGUUUUUGUUUACAAUUGUUCAUGUUGCUCAUAUUACUCAUUUCAUGUCAGUUUGUCCAUUCUGUGACUCACUGGCCAAUUUUGUCUCAUUUUUCAUCUUUUUUUGGUCCGUUUUACUCAUUUUAUCUCUCAUUUUAGUCAUUUUGCACCAGUUUAAGAUUGUUUUUUUUUCAUUUUCAUCAUUUUGUUGCCCAUUUUUGUGUCUGGUUUUGUCAUUUUUGGUUAAUUGUAGUCACAUUUUGGCCACUUUUGGUCUUUUUUUAUGUCCAUUUUGUAAUUUUAUGGUAUUUUUCUAUCUUGGUUGGAUGUUUUAUGUUUUGGUUAUUUUGUGUCCCAUUUGAACUGUCCCAUAACAUUAUUGGACCGUUCAGUAGACUGUUUGGAUCUUUUUCUCACCACUGAAACAUUUUGUCCAUUUUUGUCUCAUUUUGGUCAUUUUAUAGAUUAGAUUAGAUCCAACUUUACUGUCAUUGCACAGAGAACAAGUACUAAGACAGUAAAUGCAUUUUUUAAAAGUCCAUUGUGAUGUCAGAGAGAAGAACUAACAACUGUUACCACAUUCCAUAUUCUGAAGAAAAACAUGGAAACACUUGAGAAAGUCAGUUUAACACACAAAGCUUGGAGAUAUUGGAGAGUUGUGGUGAAGAUUUCAAGUGUGAAACUUGUGAAGACAUUGUGAGCAAAGACUGUGACAGAAAAAUGAAGCCUCCUCAGCCAGAUAGGAAACAUUCAGGUAAGACAGAAGUCCAGACAACGAGCUGCAACUCAGCUCCAGAUAUCAAACUACACACUGACAUGUUAGACUGAAGUUUUCACAACACUGACAAGCUAACAUUUGCUCAUUUUGUGGCUUACUUUGAUCAGUUUGCAUCCUUAGGGUUGUUAGUGGAUAAAAUGUUGUCAUUUUUCAUCUCUUUUUGUUGUUUUUGUUCCAUUUUGGUGACUUAAAAGCUGUUUUGGUUGAAUUUGCUCAUUUUGUGUCUCAUUGAGGCUCAUUUUCAUCAUUUUGUCUCUAACCUUGGUCACUUUUUGUCUUUAGGAUUAUUUUUACUCCUCAUUUUUCAUGCUAUUGAAGUUUUUUCUUCCAUUGUGGACAUUUUGUGUCUCAUUUAGAUCAUUUUUUUGUAUCAUUUUGGACAUUUUGCAUCUGUUUAAGGUUUUUCUGUUUCAUUUUAUGUCUCAUUUUGUGCAUUUCAGUCUGUUUUUAGGGGGAAAGUGUCAUAAAUCAGACUGUAAAUGAUAUAUGAACAAACCUUUCUGUAAAAACUUUCAGAAUGUUGAAUAGAAUAAAUGUGGACUGACCAGGUAACCUUACAGAACCUUUACUGUUGUGAUGUACGGAUUAACCUGACUUUAUACACUCUGAGAAAAAUUAUAUAUCUAACCAUUGUGAUAGGGAUAAAUAGAAGUUCCAAUCUGUUGACUUUAAUUGCAGGAUAAUGCUUUAUAGGCUGCAUAGUGCAGUAGUGGUUAGCACUUUCGCCUUGCAGCAAGAAGAUCCCGGUUCAAAUCCUGGCCUGGGCCUGGGAUCUUUCUGCACAGAGUUUGCAUGUUCUCCCUGUGCAUGUGUGGGUUUUCUCCGGGUACUCCGGCUUCCUCCCACAGUCCAAAAAUAUGCUGAGGUUAAUUGGUUACUCUAAAUUGCCCGUAGGAGUGAAUGUGAGUGUGAUUGUUUGUCUGUAUAUGUAGCCCUGUGACAGACUGGUGACCUGUCCAGGGUGUCCCCUGCCUUCACCCGAGUCAGCUGGGAUAGGCUCCAGCACCCCCCAUGACCCUCGUGAGGAUAAAGCGGUGUAUAGAGAAUGGAUGGAUGGAUGAAAAAAAAACAGGCAUUUGUGGAGUUCACACACAUUCAUCAGGUUCUAGCAUUAUUUGAUUCUAAGUCACAGGUUAUAAUAUCAUACUGUGUUCCCUUAUUUUGCUGUCACUCUGCCAGAGCCCCAUUCUUAUGGCUGAUUCAUGGAUCUCAAACCUGUAUGAUUCUUGACAGACUUUAAAUGUAUUUUUAUAAUCCUGUUAAAUGUCGAGUAGAAUAAAGCAGAUGAAAAACAAA